AUGAAGCGGAUUUUCAUUGAUCUCAUCUUAAAGGUGAGGAAAUUAAAGCUUCAAAAGGUUGAGUCUUUGGAGUAUGUACUCAGUGGAUAUGUGUUGUAUGAAAGCAUCUGUCCAUGCAUUUCCCUUUCUUUUUUGUAUACAGUGCCAGGUCAUGCUGGUCGACUGGUGUUUGGGAUCUUGAAUGGCAGAGGCUGUGUGAUGAUGCAGGGCAGGUUCCACUUGUAUGAAGGCUACCCGCUCUGGAAGGUGACAUUCCCAGUGAGGGUUUUCCAGCUUCUGGGUGUGGACACCCUAGUGGUCACCAAUGCAGCUGGAGGGCUCAACCCCAAGUUUGAGGUUGGAGAUAUCAUGCUGAUCCGCGAUCACAUCAAUCUACCUGGUUUCUGCGGUGAGAACCCUCUCAGAGGGCCCAAUGAUGAAAGGUUUGGAGUUCGUUUCCCUGCCAUGUCUGAUGCCUACGACCGGGAUAUGAGGCAGAAGGCUCACAGUACCUGGAAACAAAUGGGAGAGCAGAGAGAGUUACAGGAAGGAACCUAUGUGAUGGUGGCAGGCCCCAGCUUUGAGACUGUGGCAGAGUGUCGUCUGCUGCAGAAGCUGGGGGCAGAUGCUGUUGGCAUGAGCACAGUACCAGAAGUUAUAGUUGCAAGGCACUGUGGACUUCGAGUCUUUGGCUUCUCCCUCAUCACUAACAAGGUCAUCUUGGAUUAUGAAAGCCAGGAGAAGGCCAAUCACAAGGAAGUACUAGAGGCUGGGAAGCAAGCUGAGCAGAAAUUGGAGCAAUUUGUUUCCAUUCUUAUGGCUAGCAUUCCACUGCCUGACAAUGCCAGUUAACCAGCCCUGGAGUUGUCUGGCAUCUCCCUUCUGGGAUGCAAGGAGCUGCUACCUACUUUGGCCUCUUGCUGGAGUCACGUGCCUCUGCCCUUAGGUAGUGGCAGAAAGGAGUGUCACCUGCCCUGCUUCUCCCACCAGACCUUUCUGGUACAGAGUGCUCUUCUCCUCAGUUGUCAUCACAAAAUGAUUUCCACCCCUAUUCCUCUUCAAGAGCCCAAGCCCUACCACACAUCCAAGGAUUUGCCCAGGAUUUGACUUGGGGCUGUCGAACGCAGCCUAGUAGCUACUGCUAGCUUUUUGAGAUGAUCCUCUUACAUUCCUGGGGGCUCAGCUCUUCUCCUCAAAGCACUGGAGACCACACAAGGAACAGCCUCUUCCUUUUGGAGUUUUAUACUAUCAUAUUUUGGGAAUAAAGAGAAAGAUGAA